AUGGGCGUUGUGUCUUCUUUUUCCUGGGUUUGUAUCCUCUCCGCGUUGGCCAGCUAUAGCCAGAAUGGUGCCCUGGCAGCUGCAGAGGAUACAGCUGCCCUCGCCGUUGAUACGGUAUUGAACCAAACAUUACUCUGGGGCCCUUAUCGCCCUAAUUUAUAUUUUGGGGUGCGCCCACGGAUUCCAAAGAGCUUGCUUAUGGGCUUAUUAUGGGCGAAGGUCGACGAUUACAGCACCGCUCAGGAUAACUUUAGACAUACUUGUGAGCAAAAUGAGGGGAUGGAGGGCUACGGUUGGGAGGAGUAUGACAUUCGGAAAGGCGGUAGACAGACAAUACACGAUUCCCGCAAUACGAUCGACCUUACUAUUGACUUUAUUAAAGUCCCCGGGGGCGACAAUGGCGGCAGUUGGGGUGCUCGCAUCAAGGGUGUGCCUCGCCCUGAUGCGGCCCCUGAUCAGCCUUCGACGGUGAUAUUCUAUGCUGGCAUGGAAGGUAUGGGAAACCUGGGACUAAGCAACGAACCCAACGAACUAGGAUAUGAAGGAGAUGUCAGACUUGCUGGAAAGACGAUGAGUCUUGGAGAUUUUACCAUCGACAUCACUCGUGGACCAGAUACCAACGCCUAUCCGGAGAGAGUGCAUCCAAGCUAUGACGAGAAGCCACUGGACAGGACAAUCGUGUCAAGCAUGAAUGUAAGGCCAGAGGCGCUUUGGCAAGGGAAGACUAUACUCUUCACGCAGAUGAAGCAAGCUAUUGAUGCUAUGUUGCAGAAGUUUGGAGACAAAAAUCCACCGCCUCCACCAGCGUUGUUUACUCUUCCAAACGCCCAGCAGGGGGACAAUAUUCACUAUGUACAGAAAGUCUUCCGUGGAGCCUUUGAGUUUGAUAUCUUAUUCUCGUCAGGGACUGCAGAAAAGCCACUAACCCCUUCAACCAUCACGGAGCAGAUCAAAGAUGUAUCUGCCUCAUUUUCGCAAAAGUUUGAGGAGAUAUUCAAACCACUUGCUCCAUUCAACACGCCUGAAUACUUGAAGUUUUCUAAGGCAAUGCUUUCAAACUUGGUAGGCGGGAUUGGCUACUUUUAUGGAGAUUCAAUCGUCGACCGGACUCAUGCACCGGAAUACGAUGAAGAGAGCGAAGGAUUCUGGGAGGACGCAGCUGAAGCACGAGCCCGCGCACAGCUUACUCCCACCGAUCCUUCUGAACUAUUUACUUCAAUUCCCUCACGACCGUUUUUCCCUAGAGGCUUCUUGUGGGAUGAGGGCUUUCACCUAUUGCCGGUAAUAGAAUGGGAUCUUGACUUGACGCUUCAAAUUGUCAAGAGCUGGUUAAAUCUUAUGGAUGAAGACGGAUGGAUCGCGAGAGAACAAAUUCUCGGGCCAGAAGCAAGAAGCAAAGUCCCACACGAAUUCCAGACACAGUACCCACACUAUGCCAACCCACCAACAUUGUUCCUUGUUCUCACAGAAUUCAUGAACAAGGCCGCCUUAGGAAAGUCGUCUGAUCUUCAUGGCUCUAACUCUAAUUAUUCUGAUAACAAGGAGCUCAGUAAAUCAUUCCUUCGUUCCAUCUACCCUCUCCUUCGUCGGCAUUACUUUUGGUUUAGGAAAACUCAAUGGGGUGAUCUUAAAUCUUACGAGAGAGAAUCUUUUUCCACUAAAGAAGGAUAUCGAUGGAGAGGGCGUACGGUUGAACAUAUUCUCACAUCAGGGCUGGAUGACUACCCCAGGCCUCAACCACCUCAUCCCGGCGAGCUUCACGUUGACCUCAUAAGCUGGAUGGGCAUGAUGACCAGAUCUUUGCGAGGCAUUGCAGAAACAUUGGAAGAGACGGCCGAUGUAGAGGAGUACACAAAAUACGAAAUCGCCAUUCUCAGGAACGUUGAUGAUCUCCACUGGGACAAGGACGCAAACACUUACUGUGAUGCCACCAUUGACGAUUAUGAAGAAAGUGUACAUGUGUGCCACAAGGGAUACAUCUCAAUUUUCCCUUUCAUGACUGGGCUUAUGGACGCUAAUCACCCUAGACUUGGGGAUAUUCUAAACCUCAUUCAAGAUCCGGAUGAAUUGUGGAGUGACUACGGCAUACGAAGUCUUAGCAAGAAGGAUGAGUUCUUUGGAACGGGAGAGAAUUAUUGGAAGGGCCCUAUUUGGAUCAAUAUGAAUUAUUUGGUUAUCAAGAAUCUGUUGAGUAUUGCUCAGGUUCCAGGCCCUUAUCAGGACCAAGCCCGUGAGAUGUACACAAAACUACGCAGGAACGUAGUUGACAAUGUGUUCAAGGAGUGGAAGAGGACUGGUUUCGCCUGGGAACAAUACAAUCCUGAUACCGGCAAAGGCCAACGGACCCAACACUUCACUGGCUGGACUAGUCUGGUGGUGAAGAUGAUGGUUAUGCCUGAUCUGAACGCCAAACCGAGCGCGAAGGAUGAACUGUAG